AUGCCCCUGGGUCAGAGGAGUGAGCUCUGGAAGCUGGAGGAAGACCCAGGCCCGGCCCAGGGCCUGGUGGAGGCACAGCUGUCGGGGGCUGGGGAGGACGAGGUCCCCCGCGCCCCCUCCUCCUCCUCCGCCUCGGCCUCCUCCAGUCCGCCGCCCCAUCUGGCUCCUGCUCUGCCCUGUUUCUGGUCCCCUCGGAGGAGGGGUCUGCUGCUGGGUUCCAGAGCAGCCGGGGCCUGGAGGCAGCCUGACCAGGGCUCCAGCAGCUCCGAUGAGGAGGGGUCGAGCCCCUGGGAGGAGCCGGAAGUCACCCAACCCUCUCUCCAGGACGAACUCCACCUGAAAGUGGCUGCCCUGGUGGGGUUCCUGCUCCUCAAAUACCGCAAUAAGCAGCCGACCCGCCAGGCAGAGAUGCUGGAGAUCGUCAGCCAAGAUUACCAGGACGACUUCCCAGUGAUCUUGGGCCAAGCCUCCGAGUGCAUGCGGCUGGUCUUUGGCGUGGAUGUGAAGGAAGUGGACCUCAGCAACCACUCCUACAUCCUGGUCACCGUCCUGGGCCUCACCUGUGACGGGAUGCUGAGCGGUGAGCAGGGCUUGCCCAAGACCAGCCUCCUGGUGCUGCUACUGGGGGUGACCCUUGUGGAGGAUAACUGUGCCCCUGAGGGGGAGGUGUGGGAAGCGCUGGGGGUCAUGGGGGUGUUUGCUGGCAAACAGCACAUCAUCUAUGGGGAGCCCAGGGAGCUCCUCACCAAAGUCUGGGUGCAGGAAGGGUACCUGGAGUUCCGGCAGGUGCCCGGCAGCGACCCUGCCCACUACGAGUUCCCGUGGGGUCCCAGGGCCCACGCCAAAACCAGCAAGUUGCAAGUGUUGGAGUAUUUGCUCCGGGUCAAUCGCAGGCAGCCCGGUUCCUCCCUGAUCCUGUCUGAAGGAGCUUUGAGCGAUGAGGGAGAGGGGGCCUGA